UUGCACGUGCGCAUGCCUCCCUCCAUUUCCCGUCAACCUACAUCGCGAUGUCCUCUUACUGUUUUAAACACGUGACAAAAUCUCUCAGUCUGCAAGCAAGCCGUGUACAUCUUGCAGCUCUACCUGGAGCUUCUCAUUACAACUCCGUAUAUUGGUCCCGACAACGGUUACCCGUGCCAGUACAAGGUACUGAUGAUAACUCCAGGUUCCGUUUGGUUACCCCCACAGCUCCCAGCAGGCGGCUGGCGGUAGAUCUUUGCCACAGAGGAUCCUCGGUGAAUCCACUUGCGAUGUCAGCAUCGGAGCUCGAGGACUUGCAGCGUCAAUCCGGGCUUGUCGGAGAAGACGCUGCCGUGUUUUCUUUCGAAGAACAGAGCCUUAAGAGCUGGGGUGCAUUUCUGGCUGUGCUUGGUACAGUGCUGACUGCCCUGUACUAUUUGUGGCUCAAGCCCGAGACUGGAUAUGGGGACGAUUUCGUUCGAUUUCUGGAGGGAUUGUCUGGAGGAGACUCAACAAUCACAGUAACUCUCAUUCUCGGUGUAUUCGCCGUCGCUCACAGUGGCUUGGCGAGCCUCCGGCCUAAGGGGGAGGAGCUGGUUGGCGCACGGGCCUGGCGGGUACUUUUUGGAGUGGUAUCUCUUCCUCUGGCGGUGACGGCGGUGGCGUACUUCAUAAACCAUCGCUACGACGGGGUGCAGCUGUGGAACAUUAAGGUAGCAAAUGCCGCCCAUAUUCCACACUGCACGAUCGCGUGACCUCGGUUUGUCGAUUAUGCUGCAGCGUAGCAGUACAAACAGCUCAAGGUUCAAUUGUUUAUCGUGCUUGCUUAGCUAUACGCCCGUUUCUGUUUUGACACACCUGCCGUGGAUGCGUGGUUGUUUCACAAGGUUGUUGCGUCCUUGUUUUCAAAUCUUGGUAGUAUGUGCCGUCGGUAACUGUGGUCCCUCCCGCGCAGAUGGUCCCUGGAGUGCACGACGCCUGCUGGAUCACCUCCUUUAUUUCGUUCGUGUUCCUGUACCCUAGCACUUUCAAUCUUCUCGAGGUGAGGAAGGAAAGCUUGACUGCGCUCGAAGCAAAUAAUCUACGGGAUAGCCCCCGGCCAAUACUGAAGCCUGGUUCUUGUGCCCCCACAACUCCGCCGCGAGACGGGCGGGGGGAGAGAAAGCAGAACUGAAUACAGCAGUAGUUGUACACAGCUAAUAUAGGUGCUAGCUGGCUCCUCCGCGGCAUCUUGACAGUAUUCCGUGCACACACAGAAUGCUGAUCCCGAUGUGAGGCGGUGUGAAUAAGGCGUUUGCCCGCUGGAGGCGACUGAAAAUGGCGCACACCAGCCGGUCACGGUAUGAUACGAUGACCGCGUAACUCAUUCUAGACCCGUGAUAGCACCCUAUGCACCUUCCCAACGCACACACACGCGAUAUGGGAACCCCACUGCUGAAGUGCUAUCGUCACUAGCUCGGGGUGUUGUCAUUGUUGGCACUGACUGUUCAGCAAAUAUAACACGACACGACAGGCAGUGAACUCAGUUGGAUCACGAAAGUUGGAAGGUCCUAAGCAGAGACCGGAACGGUUGUGAGUAUGGAGACAGCAACAAUGACAAGCAUUAACAUAUCAAGAUGACCUCUUCCUGGCAGUUCUCAGAGCAGAUGUGUUCAAGUCCUUCACAUCGAGGAUUAAAGGGAAUCUGCAAGACAAUAAACUUAGUAGAGUCCUGAGACACCAGCGAUGCCAGCCGGAACAAAAACACCCACAUGCCUCACCACCCAGAGACUGCUGCAGCACGAUUAUGAGCAAUAAGAUAUGCGGCCUGUAGUACACUGGCGUUCGGAGCCUUCCAACUCUGCCCAUGCCCCACCGUGAAUUAAAAUCUGAGCGAGAGUUGGACAAAACUCUACCGCAUCCCCAUCAGCGAGAAAGAGCGUAAGCAGAGAUGUGCUGUGUUUUUUUUACCAAAUGUGAAAGAGAAAACAGACUUCUAUCAGAAAAUAUUCUACAAUUAGACUAAAACUACAGGUCGGAGAAAAGGCCCCCAUCAAAGGAAUCGUUUGUCCUUCGCGUGACUCCUUUGUUCGUAUCAAGACGCACAUGCAAGGUUCACCUCUCACGAACUGCCAAGGACGAGUGCAGCUAGCCCUGGUCACAUUCGUUCCGGAAGCUGUUUACAUUCCUUGUCCCCUACAUAUUUGGCUUGGAAGCGGUCUAUCAACGCUGCGAAGUCAAAAUGAAAUCAUUUGGUUGUUUAAGAGGACGAAGAAGAGACGCGAUUUUCUCAAAAAAUGCAAAUAUACCGGUAUAGUUUUACCUUGGAAUCAAACCUGCGCGAGGGCAUGCACGCUUGCAGGACCUAUAGUCUACUCCUAUCCACCUCGCUCAAUAAUCGCUCAGA